AGUGAAAUGAUUUUGUUUUCCGUGAACGAAAUUAAAAAAUAGUCUAGUGGUGCAACAUGGAUUACAGUAAGCGAUUGAACAUGAUCGAGAUGUUCCAGGAACCGCCUGAGUAUAAGCCUCCUGGAACGGUAGAACAGCUCGCCGCUACUCUAAACUAUCCAAAUAUGAACUCACAGCAGUACCGGAUGACGAGGAAACUUCCGGCAAACGUGUUACAUCCAUGCCUGGAAUGUGUUGUUAUGAACGAUCAAGGUUUAAUAUUAGUCGCCGGUAACGAUUUUAUGGGUCGCCGCUGGGGUUCCAGUCUGUAUGGUUGGGAUAAUAUAAAUAAUGUGAUGGACGAUUCAAAGGCCAGUUUUAAAAGACAGAACCGUCAUAUCGUCACGACGCUUAAGUUUACAAGGGAUUCAAACUUGUUUGUACUGGGAAACGAUAAAGGAGCAGUCGAGUUAUGGUCAACACAAAACCCGGCUCGCGGUAAAGGCUUUUCACUGUAUUUAGUUGAUUCGCAAUCUGAACAUAUAGAAGGCGUAUCGUCGAUGGAUCUGCUUGAAUCCGAAGAAUAUAAACUAGUAACCGGAUCAAACGAUGGCUGCUUAAAAGUUUGGAUUUAUGGGGCAGACCUUCAAUCCAUUAGUACAAUGGCCAUGGCCCACAUAGAUGAAAUUACGGGUAUAUCUAGUAACGCAGAAAAUGGGUCUCUCUUCGCCACAUCUUCAUUGGAUCGUUCAUGCUUGCUUUGGGAUCUGCGAAAACCAAGACCGGCAUCGGCAAUUUUUGACGAACACAAGUUUGGGUUUUCUACAGUUUACUGGACCUCAGCAAAAGAGGCAAAUGAAAUCAUUUGCCUUGGUGAUGAAGCAGGCAAUUUACACUUUGUAGAUAUACGUCAACCAGGGAUAUUCCUAGACUCAGUGAAAGUUUUUGAUCGUAAGAUCCAUAAAAUUUCUUUCAAUGCUAAAAAUAUGGCCGUACUUGGUAACACCAAUCAAGUUAAAUUUUACGACGAGAAGCUACAGCUGAUGCACGAGUGCAUACCGUCAAAAAGUUACCUGAGAGAUGUACUGUGGGACAAAAACUACACAUCAAGGUCAGGAUCUGGAGCGUGCUGGUUAGCUGGUUGGGAAUCAUUCUUCCAACGAGUGGAAUAUUAAGGAAUACAUAGUAACAAACAGAGCACAUCUUAUUUCCGUUAUGAAUAAUUUAGCGGUGAAUAUCUGAGCGUGUUAAUGUUGUGUUUGGCUUUGUCUUUGAUAUUUUUCAUUUAUAUAUCACAUUGGUGUCCUUUGGUAGCUAACAUUAAUAAAUAUUGCAGAAAAUUGACAUUUCGCAUAGAUG